AUGUAUGUAGAUGGAUCGUCCAACAAAUCUGGAAGUGGAGCAGGAGUUAUCCUGAAAAAUGAAGAAGGAACUCGGAUAGAACUAUCAUUGAGGUUCAAGUUUCUUGCUUCUAAUAAUCAAGCAGAAUAUGAAGCCUUGCUUGUUAGCUUAAAGCUGGCUAAAGAGGUUGGGGCAGAAAGAUUGAUAGUGUUUAGUGACUCUCAAGUGAUAACUUCCCAGGUUAACGACACUUAUCAAGUCAAAGAUCCCAACAUGAAGAAGUACCUAGAAGAAGCACGAGCAGAUGCCCUCUCUAAAUUAGCCAGGCCCAAAAGAAGAAAAGCCUACCUAAAGGAUGACUUCUUCUAUUUUUGCCUAACCUCAUAA